CAUGGGUCAUAAACUCUUCUCCUACUUCACUUUGCCCUUCCUUGUAUACUUGUACCUUUUCCCCUUUGUCUGUCCAUAUCACUCUGCAAAUAGCCAGCUUGAUUACCGGUUUUAUGAUAGAUCAUGCCCCCGCUUGUCAAGCAUGGUUAAGUAUGGUGUCUGGGCAGCUUACAAGAAUGAUAUCAGGAUAGCUGCGUCCCUCCUCCGAUUGCAUUUUCAUGAUUGUUUUGUAAAUGGCUGUGAUGCAUCGGUGCUUCUUGAUGACACAGAAGAUUUCCAGGGCGAGAAGAAUGCUUUUCCAAACCGUAACUCUGCUCGAGGGUAUGAAGUCAUUGACAACAUAAAAGCAGAUGUUGAAAGAUUUUGCCCAUCAACCGUGUCGUGUGUUGAUAUAUUGACUCUAGCAGCAAGGGAAGCUGUUGUCUUGUCAGGAGGGCCAUUCUGGCCAGUCUUGCUAGGGCGACGAGAUGGAACAACUGCUAGUCAGCAGGCAGCUAAUGAACAAUUACCAUCACCUAUUGAGCCCAUGGAAAAUAUCACUGCCAAAUUCACAUCAAAGGGUCUUGACCUUAAGGAUGUUGUAGUCCUCUCAGGAGCUCAUACCAUAGGUUAUGCUCAAUGUUUUACCUUCAAGAGAAGACUCUUCAACUUCCGGGGCACUGGUAGACCUGACCCUACGCUUGAUGCUUCAGCCCUCGUUAGCUUGCAAAGCAUGUGUCCGAACAUGGAUUCCUCAAACAGCAAUCUCGCUCCCCUUGACUCUGCAAGUACCUAUAGAUUUGACAAUAUGUAUUACACAAACCUUGUUAACAACACAGGGCUUCUGGAAUCUGAUCAAGCACUAAUGCAAGAUCCAAAAACUGCUGCAAUGGUUAAUUCCUAUAGCACGAAUCCUUACCUUUUCGGGAAUGAUUUUGCCACAUCAAUGGCGAAGCUUGGUAAUAUCGGUGUACUCACAGGAAAGAAGGGACAAAUUAGAAAGAAGUGCGGGUCUGUGAACUUAUAAAUUGCUAGUAUUUGAAGUGUUGGUCUAUGUAUGGAGCUUAUCUAGUUCAAUCAAUGC